UUCACCCGGCGCAAUGACGGGAGACCUGAGAUUACGAUUGCGCGCGCACGUGACCGCCAUUCUUUGCACUGCUAAGGUAUCAAAAUUAUUAUUCUGGGUUCAUGUCCACCACGACGCUCCAGCAACCCUCCCAGCCCUCUAAGAACCUUGCCAUGGUAUGCUCCGUCUUGCAUCUGCCAUCAUGACAUCCGCUCCUAAGAGGGUUCCCAUUCCUAGGAAUGGCGUCGACUACAGAGGAAAGAUCGUGCUGGCGCCCAUGGUGCGUUCUGGAGAACUCCCCUCCCGCCUCCUCGCUCUGCAUUACGGAGCGGAUCUUGUUUGGGGCCCCGAGACUGUCGAUAGAUCUAUGAUUGGCACGACCCGCAAGGUCAACGAAGCCCUCUCCACCAUCGAUUUUACUCGACUCCCUUCCCAUGGGUCAAAGGAUCCCAGACAAGACCAGAGAGAGUCUCUGAUCUACCGUCUCCAUCCAGAAAGAGAAGGGCGCCGUCUCAUCUUCCAGAUUGGAACUUCGGACCCCGAAAGGGCAGUUCAAGCUGCGCGGGUAGUGGCCAAAGAUGUGGCUGGAAUAGAUGUGAACGCUGGCUGUCCUAAGCCGUUUAGCACAAGUGGCGGAAUGGGAGCUGCACUCCUGCAGACCCCAGAUAAGCUCUGCGCAAUUCUAGAAGCACUGGUCAAGGAGAUAGCGACGGAAUUCGAGAUUGGAAUCAGUGUUAAGAUACGAUUACUGGAAACUCAUGAGAAGACCGAGGCCUUGGUACGGAAGCUAUGUGCUACCGGCAUUACUGGACUAACGGUUCAUUGUCGAACAACUCCUAUGCGACCCCGAGAACGGGCUAUCCGGGGGCAAUUAAAAAUGAUUGCAGACAUUUGCAGAGAGAAUGGCGUUGCCUGUCUCAUGAACGGGGACGUCGAGAAUCGAGACCAGGCGGAGAAAUUAAUCGAAGAAUUUGGGGUUGAUGGUGCCAUGAUUGCAACAGCCGCUGAGGCGAACUCCAGUUGUUUCAGGAGUGAGGCUGAUGGCGGCUUAGCUCCAUGGAAGGAGGUCGUUGAACAGUAUAUCAAGACAUCAAUGGAGGUGGAAAACCGAUGGGGAAAUACCAAGUAUCUCCUCAAUCAUUUGAUACCUGGGAAGCAGCCAGUAUACCGUGAGAUCACUCAGAGUAAAAGUUAUCAGCAGGCCUGCCAGAUUUUGGGCUUCGAGCAUCUAGAGGCGCAGGCAAAAGAGGUUGACGAAAGGAUCGGCAUAACCCCAGAAAGCCAAAUGCCUCAGGGUAAAAGAGGCAGAAAGAACAAGACCGCUAUGGCGGCAGGCGGCAAUCCAACCAACCUGUAGUGGCUUUGAGUACGUAAACUUUUUUGAGGUCCUAGUUAAGGUUAUACCACGGAAGACCAGUUGAAGACAACUGUGGAGAUGAUUCGAGCCAAGCAGGGAUUUAUACCAAAAGCACGAGGAGCAUCUCGAGGCGUACUGGCAUAUAGCGGCACACGGAGGCAGGCAUUUCAGGCGUUUAUAUAGAUGAAUGCAGGUUUGUUUCCAAUAAUAUUGCAAUUACUCUUAUACCACGUUUCACAGUCCUCUAGGAAGGGGAACAUUCCGUUAUAUUAACAUUAAGUCUUCCAAAAGCGCCAU